AGAGAAGAGCCGCUGAACGGAUGGUUAACUGAUGUUUUCACUGACACUUCCUUAAAUACCCUCUUGCACCAGCGUCCUGACUGAGAGGAAGGCAGGAAAAAAUUCACCAGGGGAUAGUGAGACAGCAUUUGCACAUACCAUGGCGAUACCCAUAACAGUGCUUGAUUGUGAUCUCUUGCUGUAUGGCAGAGGUCACCGGACACUGGAUCGCUUUAAACUGGAUGAUGUGACUGAUGAAUACUUGAUGUCCAUGUAUGGGUUUCCUCGACAGUUCAUUUAUUACUUGGUGGAGCUCUUGGGAGCUAGUCUUUCUAAACCUACUCAGAGAUCCAGGGCCAUUAGUCCUGAAACACAGAUUCUUGCUGCCUUGGGCUUCUAUACCUCAGGCUCCUUCCAAACUCGGAUGGGAGAUGCUAUUGGCAUCAGCCAGGCCUCAAUGAGUCGUUGUGUUGCCAAUGUCACUGAGGCUCUGGUGGAAAGAGCCUCGCAGUUCAUUCAUUUUCCAACUGAUGAAGCCUCCGCGCAGGCACUGAAAGAUGAAUUCUACGGGUUGGCAGGAAUGCCAGGGGUGAUCGGGGUGGUGGACUGCAUCCACGUGGCUAUCAAGGCACCCAAUGCUGAAGAUCUCUCCUAUGUGAACCGCAAAGGUUUGCAUUCAUUAAACUGCCUGAUGGUGUGUGACAUCCGAGGGGCACUGAUGACCGUGGAGACGAACUGGCCGGGGAGCCUGCAGGACUAUGCGGUGCUGCAGCAGUCUUCUCUCAAUACUCAGUUUGAGGCGGGUCUACACAGAGAGAGUUGGCUGCUUGGUGACAGCGCCUUCUUUCUCCGCACCUGGCUCCUGACUCCGCUCCACAUUCCCGAGACUCCUGCUGAGUAUCGCUACAAUAUGGCCCACUCAGCAACGCACAGUGUGGUGGAGAAGACGAUCCGGACCCUCUGCUCCCGCUUCCGCUGCCUUGACGGAUCCAAGGGGGCCCUGCAGUAUUCCCCAGAGAAGUCCAGCCACAUCAUCUUGGCUUGUUGUGUCCUCCACAACAUCUCCCUGGAGCAUGGGAUGGAUGUGUGGUCCUCACCAAUGACAGCACCCAUGGAACAGCCCCCUGAGGAAGAGUAUGAGCGCAUGGAGUCCCUGGAUCUCGAGGCCGACCGGCUUCGCCAGGAGCUGGUGCUCACUCACUUCAGCUAAUGUGGAAGGUGGGAGGAGGGAGACCUUCCAGAACAUGUCAUGGACCUGUUUUCCCUAUCACCCUGCCCUUCCUACAUGGCUUGUCAGCCACUGUGAUUGAGGUUAUGGAUCCUGGGCAUAAAUGAACUUUUUACCUGCAUUUUUAAUGGAUGAGGGCUCAGCAUAAUAUCUUGAUUCAUUUGCAAAUGAAUGAACUACACCAAAAUCAAGACAAUGGUUCCCCAGUAUCCAUUGAACUUUCAAGUUGAAACCACUCAUUUGGCUUUUUGAUAUGGGGGGAAAGGGGGAGGCUGGG